GAAAGUGAUAGUGGUCCGCCCGGCGAUAAAUGUCUCAAUGUAUGAGGGCACUCCAAUAUCUGCUAUACAUGCUAUUGCACAUCCCCCCCUAUCUCUUUCGCUCUGUCCGUUUCUUGGUCUUCAGGAAGUGAUCCGUGAUGCCUGUCGAGAUUGCUCCUCUUCUUCUCCUUCUCCUUCUUUUCGUUCUCCGCAACCUUCAGCAUAUAGCGAGCGAAACCAUUCACUCAUAUUUUUUUUUUGCGAUCGUUCAUCUUGUCGUGCUCUGGGUUGGGCUUCGUAGUCGCUUGGAAAGUUUUUGCGCCAUCUUCCUCUUUGUACAGCCGGUUCCCUAUCAUCCGCCUCCUCCUCGUCGUCUCCAUAAUUCAACCCCGUCCCUGUCGCCACAACCCUCCUCGUCGUUGCCAUCAACCAAUGUGAGAUACAUAUAUAUUAAAUGCCUACAUACGUUGCCAUUAACCAAUGUGAGAUACGUAUAUAAUGAAUGCCUACAUACAUGCAUAUAAGGGAGAGAAGCCUCACAUCCUAAGCUAGAAAUUCCUACAUAAGCGAGUGCCAUUGCUCUGCUUUGGGGCUAAAACCAGUACAGCACGUUUCCACAGCCGGCCUGAGAAUAAAAUACUACGCGUCGGAAACUUACCGUCAAUCUCCAAGCCGUACAGCCCCGCACGCAACCCCGUCGUGCUUUCCCUGACUGGCGGCACACGCGACUCGAUCCUCC